CCGGACAAAUUUCCAGCGAGGUUGCGACGGCCUCGACAACGCGCGCCAACGACUUAUUAGACGUCGACGUCUAAUUGAUAACAGCUGCCGCCCUCCGUGCUGUCCAGGGCAAUGCGUCGGUAACAGGCUACCUGUGAUAUUGUCAUUUUCCCGCCGAAUUGAGUUGGAGACGCCUCGACGACCUCCUUUCCCCAACCCCUCGUAACGAAUCACGAACCUACGUCGACCUUUGGACAGCUCGAGCUGAACCUUGCGAUGCUACAACAGCGGCUGCAGCUAUCUGCAGUCCGCAGAGGCCUGCAGGCCCUUUCAUUCAACAAGCCGGCUGUUCGCUUUGCUUCUGGCCAGGCCAACAACAUUGAAGCGCAGACGGAGUCAACAGCCGGGAACGACGAAGCCGCUAGGCGGGCCAAGGGAGGUCUUUUUCUGCGAACAUACAAGCCUCGCACACCCGGUGUCCGUCACUUGAAGCGACCCAUCAACGAUCACUUGUGGAAAGGGCGGCCCUACCUGCCGCUGACGGUCCCCAAAAAGGGCCAGUCAAGAGGUGGACGUAACUCUACGGGAAGGAUAACAGUGCGUCACCGCGGAGGAGGUGCGAAACGGAGAUUGCGCAAUGUCGACUUUGAGCGCAAGAUCCCUGGGCCUCAUUUGGUGGACCGAAUCGAAUACGAUCCAGGCCGCAGCGCGCACAUUGCGUUGCUGACCGAGAAGGCCACGGGCAAAAAGUCCUACAUCCUGGCCGCGGACGGACUGAGGGCUGGCGACGUUGUGCACAGCUAUCGUGCGGGUAUCCCGGCGAAGCUCCUGGCCAGCAUGGGAGGCAUUGUCGACCCUGGUAUCCUGGCGUCCAAAACAGCUUUCAAGGGCAACUGCCUGCCGCUGCACAUGGUGCCGGUUGGCACGACGGUGUUUGCCGUUGGCUCUUCUGCCUCUCGCGGCGCCGUGUUCUGCCGCAGUGCAGGGACCCACGCUGUCGUCGUCAACAAGAACGAAGAGACGCGGGAUGAUGGCAGCAAGGUCAUGACCGGAAAAUAUGUGGAAGUCCGUCUGCAGAGUGGCGAGGUUCGCCGCGUCAGCAAGGAUGCAUGUGCUACUAUUGGUGUUGCUAGCAACAUCCAUCAUGGGUACCGCCAAUUGGGCAAGGCUGGUCGCAGCCGAUGGCUUGGUAUUCGUCCCACGGUUCGUGGUGUGGCGAUGAACAAAGUCGAUCAUCCCCACGGUGGUGGUCGUGGUAAGUCGAAGAGUAAUCGCCAUCCGGUCACUCCUUGGGGCCGUCCUACCAAGUCAGGCUACAAGACUCGCCGCAAGCACAAUGUCAACGCCUUUGUGGUCACUCCCCGUCCUCGCAACCACGGCAAGAGAAGAUCCAACAAGGCUUAAGUCAGUUUAGAGAGACAGCUGUCUGUCAAUGGGAGGGAGCACGUGGCCUGGAGGGUGCAGACGAAUGCUGUAUGUAUGUAUGUAUUAUUUCGAGGCUGUUGUCAGGCUGUGAUGAUAGCAAUGGCAUUGUAUAUUAUCGGGUGCGCGUAUCCGUGUAGCCAAU